UGUGAGCGCGUACGAGUGAACUUCACUCCGAUGAGCAUCAAAUUUUGCGCUGGUCUUCGUGCUUAGAUUGUUAUCGCCGAGUCGAGCCGGAGUCGUCGUCGUAGUGAACGCGUUGGCCUGGUCAGCACUGUCAGACUUGUUGUUUGUCGUACUCGUAUAUCGUGGAAUUCGAUCAGAAGAAUUGCGGAAGACGCGUGCAGAACUCCAGCAGAACAGCGUUACGUCACCUGAAGAUCUGCCCGGACGCCGUACACGGAACUAGCAGAACAUCGUCAACCGCGAGCAUGGAGUCCGCUGGUCAACGAAGUUGCGUAGUGCUACUGUUUCUGCUGGCAUCGCUCGUGUCAUCGGAGACCGUGUCCCAGCACCAAUCAAACCAGAUACAAACGAACCUGCCCUUAUCGCUGCCACCACCACCGCCGCCAUCGUUGGACCCCGAAGUCGUUUCCCUCAACAAUGACUUUGAUUGGAAGCUGGUAAAGGAAGUUUUCCAGCGCGAGCAACAAAACACCAUUUUCUCGCCGUUUUCCGUCAAGUUGCUGCUCACGCUGCUGUACGAGGCGGCAGCCGAAAACAGCACCACCAAGCGUGAACUCUCCAAGGCCCUGGUCGGGGUGAAUCUGGACAAGAGCCGGGAGCUGUAUCGGGAGUUCCUGGAAAGUUCAACGAAGGAGAACGGCAACUACGAGUUCAACAUUGGGACACGUGUCUACGUGGACGAUGGCGUGGCGAACGUUACCGCCAAUUACACCGAACUGGUGGAGUGGUGCUACAAAACCAACAUCGAACGGGUUGACUUUGGCAAAACGUCCGAAACGGUCGCCAGGGUGAACGACUGGUGUUCUAACAUUACCCACGGACAUCUGAACGAGCUGGUGACUGAAGAUCACAUCAAAAACUCGGUGAUGAUCAUCGCGAACGUACUCUUCCUGAAGGCUUCGUGGCGCAACUCCUUCGACGAGAACAACACCCGCAAGCGAGAGUUCCACGUCAGCCCGAACCACAGCACCAAACCAGAGUUCAUGGAACAAACCGACAUCUACGCGUACCUGGACGACCCGGAACUUCAGCUCGAGAUGGUCCGACUACCGUACAAGGGUCGCCUCUUCUCGAUGUACAUCGUGCUCCCGUACGCAAACCGAACGCUGGACCAAAUGGUGUCGACCCUAACGGCGGACAACCUAAUCAAACUGGAGGGUAAAUUACUCCGCGAAGAAGUGGUUGUGGUCAUCCCCAAGUUCAAGUUUGACUACGGAGCCACCCUCAACGAUGCCCUGACCACGCUCGGCAUCUCCGAGGUGUUCACCAACCGGGCGUCGCUGCCACAACUCUCGGGAGGACUAAAUGAAACCCUGCAGGUCUCCAAAAUACUCCAGAAAGCCGGCAUCGAGGUCAACGAAAAGGGAACGCUUGCCUUUGCGGCGACGGAAAUUCAGCUGGUGAACAAGUUCGGAAUAGAUGACAAUCCGAUCGAGUUUAUAGCUGAACGGCCCUUCAUGUUUUACAUCAAGGACGAGGAAUCGGACGCACUGUUGUUCGUGGGGAAGGUGCAAGAUCCGAUGGUGGCGCCAGGGACCCAUGGGUCCACGAGGAAUGCAAUCGAAGUGCCCUCAAAUUCGAUUCAGUCGUUAAUCGUACCGGAAGAGGAUACUAUCGAAGAAAUACGUUGCACGCCGGCACCAGUUACGGACGUUCCAGACAUCCUCCAGCCAGUAAGUCCGUACUCCACGUUCAUCGAGGAAGAUGAGGUACUAGAUGACGGUCCGCUUCCGGAGUUGUCCCCGGCACGAUCUUCCAUGGAAAGUUGCAUUCCGUCUGCAGUCACCACACCAGCAAUUCCUGCGCUGGCACGGUCAGCAUGGUCCAAGUAUGGAUCUUUUAUUGCGCCGGAAGAUUUUCGCAAAGAGAUCCAGCGGAUCGCACAGGCUGCACUCGAGGUGGUUCCAGACACCCCGAGGCCAAUGAGCCCGUACUCUCUAUACAUUGAGGAAGAUGAAGAGCUGCACGACGUCCGACUUCCAGAGUUGUCCCGAGAAAGAGUACCUGAAACACCAGCAAGAUCUUCCGCGGCGAGCCAAGCGCGUUCUGCGGCAGCCCUGCCGGAGCAGGCACAGGCGGAAUGUGUAUAUGAUUUGAACGAAGAGAUCCGAGAAUGUGCAGUUGUUACCGUUUCCCAGCCAGCAAGUCCGUACGCCCCUAUCGACGAAGAUGAAUUGCUAGAAGAUGGUCCGCUUCCAGAGUUGUCCCCGGCACGAUCGUUCGCGGAGGGUUCCGCAGGCAUGCCUGUAAGGUCAUUCGCGACGAAUUACGCUUGGUCUGCUGUACCAAUGGGAUGUACGUACUCCUCAUUCAUCGAGGAAGACGUGCUAGAAGACGGUCCGCUUCCGGAGUUGUCCCCGGCACGAUCGUUCGCUGAGGGUCCCGCAAGGACUGCGGCAGCCACGCCGGCAAGAAUAUCCGCGACGAAUUACGCUUGGUCUGCGAUACCAAUGGGAAGUCCAUACUCCUCAUUCAUCGAGGAAGACGUGCUAGAGGACGGUCCGCUUCCGGAGUUGUCCCCGGCACGAUCUUCCACGAAAAGUUGCAUUCCGUCUGCGGUCACCACAUCAGCACAGGCUGCACUUGAGGAGGUUCCAGACAUCCCCAGACCAAUGAGUCCGUACUCUCUAUACAUUGAGGAAGAUGAAGAGCUGCACGACGUCCGACUUCCAGAGUUGUCCCGAGAAAGAGUACCUGAAUCGAGUUGUGCGCGGUCUGCAUCAGACACACCAGCAAGAUCUUCCGCGCCGAGCCACGCGCGUUCUGCGGCAGCCAUGCCGGAGCAGGCACAGGCGGAAUGUGUAUAUGCUUUGAACGAAGAGAUCCGAGAAUGUGCAGUUGUUACCGUUUCCCAGCCAGCAAGUCCGUACGCCCCAUAUAUCGACGAAGAUGAAUUGCUAGAAGACGGUCCGCUUCCAGAGUUGUCCCCGGCACGAUCAUUCGCGGAAGCCAACAAGGAAGCGUACGAUAAAGCUGUAGAUUUCAUGCAGUUCAUGCGGAAGUUCAUCUUCACGAUCACGGUUGGGGAGGAUAAAAGAUGGAAGCCGUGGCAAGCAGCGCUGAUACUGAACGUGAACUCCGUCUUGAGAUUGCAAGCCUAUUUUCUGGACGUCCGGGGCUUCAAAUUUGUACUAACUGGGCGGCUAACGCAAGACUGCGUGGAGAACCUCACCGUCCCGGUGGAUUCCUCCUCGAUGAAGAACAAAAACGGUCGAUCCGCCACAAAACGCUCCGGUUCGGUUGCGAUGGUAAACACCAGCGACGAUCCGGAUGCUGACGAUGCCUUGACCCCCGCGGGAGAUUCCACCCAGUUCGGCGUUGUCCUGGAAGAUGCGGUUGAUUCCGAGCUGCUGAAGGAUCAAGAUCAUCGAGAAGCGACCGUUGACGUACGGAAGUCGAAGGACCUUGGCGUUCAGCUGGGGUGGUUCGGAGUAGUAGUGAUCGACGAUCUGCUUCAUGAACGGAACCUGAACUGUGCGGCCGUCGCCGGUAUUAAAGGGUUGCGUUGCUGUGGCAGCUUCCGGGAAGAUCUCGCGAAUCAUCACCAUCAUCAUUCUCGGAUUCUCACCGCGCGAGUUUGUGUUCAGUUGCUGCCGAAGACCGAUCAAGGAAGGAUCACUUUUUUGAAACCAGACACCACGAGUGAGCGCUCCAAGAUGAGCGCAAUUUUUGUGAUAUUCUGCUGUGUUCUAGCAGCAUUCAGCGUCAAGGCAACUGAUGUGGAAAUACCUGAUGAGGGACCAUUUCGCGAUACAAGAAAUGUUGAAUUUGACUGGAAGCUAACCCAGAGCAUCUUCUCAACGCAACGCGCCAACACGGUGAUCUCGCCAUUUUCGGUAAAAAUCCUCCUCGCCCUACUGUACGAGGCCAGCAACGAUGCGGCCAACAUCGGCGAAACGCUCACCAAGCGCGAGCUGCGACUGGUGCUGGAACCGAACGGUAACCUGAACGACACCCGGUCCAAGUACCGCAUGUUCCUGGACUCCGCUUUGAAACCCAACUCGCUGUACGACUUCCAAAUCGGCACCAAGUUCUUCGUGGAUGAGUUCAUCGACGUCAUCUCCAAGUAUCAGAUCAUCUCGUACGAGUACUACAACGCCACGGUGGACAAGGUGCCGUUCUCGAAGCCGCAGGUUGCGGCCAAGCAGAUCAACGACUGGGUCUCCAAAACUACCAACGGUCGCAUCAACGAGCUGGUCAAUGCGGAGGGUGUGGAAGGAGCCGUCAUCACGCUGGUGAACGCCCUGUACUUCAAGGGACUGUGGAAGUAUCCGUUCCCGGAGAAUGGUCCCAAGCGUACCUUCAACGCAGCUGGUCGAAAGGUCCAGGCCAAUUACAUGGAACAAAACGCCCAACUGUACUACGACGAUUCGGCCACGCUGGGAGCUCAGUUGCUGCGAAUGCCUUACCAGGGAGGCAAAUUCGCCAUGUACUUCAUGCUGCCUCACCAGGGUCAGACCGUGGACGAUGUUGUGAGCCGUAUCACGCCGCAGAGCCUGCACCAGGCGCUGUGGUACAUGGACGAGUCGGACGUUAACGUUACCAUUCCCAAGUUCCGGUUCGACUUUUCCGAGGAGAUGAACAAGCCUCUUCAGGAUAUCGGAAUCCGUGAAAUCUUCUCGACCAACGCAUCGCUGCCACUGUUGGCCCGCGGCAAGGGCACCCGGGAUCAGGUCCGAGUGUCGAAGGUGUUCCAGAAGGCCGGCGUCACCGUCAACGAGGUGGGCAGUGAAGCCUAUGCCGCUACGGAAAUCCAACUCGUUAACAAGUUCGGCGGUGACGGCACCCAGAUCUUCAACGCCAACCGGCCGUUUGUGUUCUUCAUCGAGGACGAGCACACCGGUUCGCUGCUGGUCGUAGGAAAAGUCGAAGAUCCCACCAAGUGAGAAAACUCCUUGGCCGGGAACUCGCAAUCACCCUUUCAAAUGAAUAAAGAAUACUCUCGCUAAUGGGAA